AUGGUAGCUGAUAUGGAUGAAAAAUUUAGAGAAGGUUUUAUUCUUUUCAGUUCUUGUAAUGACAAUCUUGAAUUAUAUCAAUUUUAUGAAUUAAUGAAUUCUUUUGGGAUUAUCUUAACAAAUGAAGAAAAAGCCGAAUUACCUGACACUAUUAGCAUGGAUUAUUGGUUAAAUUUCGCAAGGAAACAUUUCAGCUAUGAAGAACCAUUUAAGCAUAUUAUAAAUGCUAACGAAAAAGAUCCAAAUUUUCAAAUUAGAGUUGAUAAUUUCAUUGGGGUUAUGAAAGCAUUAGAUACAAGAUUAACUGAUAAUGAUUUUGAAAUAUUAAUGCAUAUAGCAAACCCAGAAAAAAAAGACACUCUAGAUCUUAAAACUGUUUCUCAAAAAUUAGCACAAUCUAUUUAA